GAAGAGCAACACUGACAAAAAAACUACUCGGUGAAUGAGACUUUUCUUCUUCUUCCCUGACGUUGUCUUCUUCUUUCUCUUCGGCGAAAAUCCACGAUGGUGCAAGGAACGCUGUACACUUACCCCGAGAACUUCCGCGCGUACAAGGCGCUCAUCGCGGCCCAGUACUCCGGUGCCCAGGUGAAAGUGGCCGAUAACUUCAAGUUCGGCGAGACGAACAAGUCGGCUGAGUUCCUCAAGAAGUUCCCCAGCGGCAAGGUUCCGGCUUUCGAGACCAACGAUGGAAAGACCCUGAGCGAGUCCAACGCCAUUGCCUACCUCCUGGCCAACGAGCAGCUGCGCGGAGGAAAGUGCCCCUUCGUCCAGGCUCAGGUUCAGCAGUGGAUCUCCUUCGCCGACAACGAGAUCGUGCCUGCCUCGUGCGCCUGGGUGUUCCCUCUGCUGGGCAUCCUUCCUCAGCAGAAGAACAACACUGCCAAGCAGGACGCUGAGGCUGUGCUGCAGCAGCUGAACCAGAAGCUGCUCAACUCUACCUUCCUUGCCGGUGAGCGCAUCACUCUCGCCGACAUCAUUGUGUUCAGCAGCCUGCUCCACCUGUACGAGUACGUGCUGGAGCCCAGCGCACGCAGUGCCUUUGGUAACUUGAACCGUUGGUUCGUCACCAUCCUCAACCAGCCCCAGGUGCAGGCCGUCGUUAAGGACUACAAGCUGUGCGAGAAGGCCCUGGUCUUCGAUCCCAAGAAGUACGCCGAGUUCCAGGCCAAGACUGGAGCCGCCAAGCCCCAGCAGCCGCAACAGCAGAAGCAGGAGAAGAAGCCCAAGGAGAAGAAGGAAGCCGCUCCCAAGAAGGCCGCCGAGCCUGCCGAGGAGCUGGACGCCGCCGACGAGGCCCUGGCUCUGGAGCCCAAGUCCAAGGAUCCCUUCGACCUCCUGCCCAAGGGCACGUUCAACUUUGAUGACUUCAAGCGCGUCUACUCCAACGAGGAUGAGGCCAAGUCGAUUCCCUACUUCUUUGAGAAGUUCGACGCCGAGAACUACUCCAUCUGGUUCGGAGAGUACAAGUACAACGACGAGCUGUCCAAGGUGUUCAUGUCGUGCAAUCUGAUUACCGGCAUGUUCCAGCGUCUGGAUAAGAUGCGCAAGCAGGCCUUCGCUUCCGUGUGCCUGUUCGGCGAGGACGGCAACAGCACCAUCUCCGGAGUGUGGGUGUGGCGCGGACAGGAUCUCGCCUUCACCCUCUCGCCCGACUGGCAGAUCGACUACGAGGUCUACGACUGGAAGAAGCUGGAUGCCAAGAGCGAGGAGACCAAGAAGCUGGUCACCCAGUACUUCUCCUGGGCCGGCGCCGACAAGGACGGCCGCAAGUUCAACCAGGGCAAGAUCUUCAAAUAAACACCACCUCACUCCCUCCCGCUCACAGACCAAUCAUAACAAACAGCAGCAGCAACAAUAAAGUUUGAGAUUCAAAUGCACGAUGCCUAUUUCUUAAGUUCCAACCAAGCUAAGAUAGUGUCCUACAAAAAAUAUCCGUCGUAUUGUGUUGUUCUCGCCUUCUGACUGGAGAAUUGUGGUGGUUAGGAUGCCCUACGAUAUUGUCAACGGAACAGCGGCGCCUGCAGCCCGAAAAUAAUUUAUAAAAAAUAAACAGUUUUCUAUUAAUUAA